AUGUCAAAUGGGCCUGAAACGGGCGCCCUCCGCCGUAAAACGUCUCUUCACAUCCGUGAUACUCGUAUCGCUGGACUCUACGAUUUAGAGAAAACUAUCGGACAAGGACAUUUUGCAGUUGUAAAACUGGCAAGACAUGUUUUCACCGGGGAAAUGGUGGCCGUCAAAAUCAUCGAUAAGACGAAAAUGGACGAAGCGUCGACAUGUCAAAUAAUGAAAGAAGUGAGAUGUAUGAAGUUGGUUCAACACGCAAAUAUCGUUCGAUUGUAUGAGGUGCUGGACACCCAAACGAAGAUCUUUUUGAUUCUGGAACUCGGCGACUACGAUCUCCAUGAUUUCAUCAUAAAACACGAGAAAGGUGUCUGCGAAUCACUGGCUCAACAAUAUUUCUGUCAGAUUAUGACAGCUAUCGACUACUGUCAUCAGUUACAUGUUGUGCACAGAGAUUUGAAGCCAGAAAACGUUGUGUUCUUCGAAAAAUUGGGAAUGGUGAAACUGACGGAUUUCGGAUUUUCGAAUAGCUACGAACCGGGCGAACAGUUGAGUACUUCGUGUGGAUCACUCGCUUAUUCGGCUCCCGAAAUUCUUCUUGGCGAUUCUUAUGAUGCUCCGGCUGUUGAUGUAUGGUCACUUGGUGUGAUUCUCUACAUGCUCGUCUGCGGACGUCUUCCAUUUCAAGAGGCCAACGAUUCGGAGACUCUGACGAAGAUUCUCGACUGCAAAUACUCAAUUCCUGAUGUGUUAUCCGAUGAGUGUAGACUUUUAAUUCAAUCGAUGCUCGUCCGUGAACCAUCGAAACGAGCGAGUUUGGAGAAGAUUGUUUCCAGCUCGUGGGUACAGGCAGGAGAUCGAGGAUUGUCUACGGCGAUCCCCCUAAUAGUACGUCACCAUCUGCCAAGCUCCGCCCACUCGACAAUAAUCGAACAAAUGGUUGCGGGGGGUAUUGCGACAGAAGAAGACAUCCUCCGAUAUCUGGAAAACGAUGAAUACAAUUCGGUGACAGCGACGUAUUAUUUGUUGGCUGAAAGAGUUUUAGCCUCAUAUCGAGAGGAACAAGCGAGAGAACUACUCGCAAAACAUAUUGAAAUGUCAGAUAUCGAGGAAGGGGGCGGGGCUUCGUCGUCCUCCAGAGGCGCCGUUAAUUCGAGGUGUCGAAGUAGAUCAAACUCGUGGAGGGCUCGACCGUGUUCCAUUCUGAAAGAGGAGAGCGAGGAGGAGUUGUCGUCGUAUUUGAGAUCCGCCAGUCGUCAGAGUAGUAGAUUCUUCCCACUGCACGAUUUUGUGUCAUCACCACGAAGUGCGAGUCGAUGUUGUAGUGCACAAAUGUCACGACAGAAUUCCGAAGAAGCCGUGAGUCUGAAGUCGUUGGACGUCGGCGACGCCAUCCGUCCGACCACAUUCUUCAUUCCCAAUUCAUCUGGAGCCGCGACGACGUCACAGACGCCGACCACGCCCACAUCGAUCAUCGCAUCGAGUCGAUUCGAUGACGUUCUGUCGCCGAUUGACGAGCGAGAUGGGGGAAGUGAGACGGAUAUUCAGAAGAGAACGACGACAGAAAUACGACGGAGUGUUUUGAAUGAUAUUGUGGAUGACUCGUUGAGUGGAGAGGAAUACGCGUUGAGAAAAUCGAGUGAUAGUUGUUUGCAUGCACAUCAUUCGUUGUUGAGAUCCGCAUCGGCGAAACGAUUGCUUAGAAGAAAUUCGUCUCCAUCCGUCUCAAUGUUCUCCGGAAUCCAACGGGAUCGUGUCAGUCCACAAGCAGUUCAAGAGUUGCUUGAUUUGAAUCGAUUGGGCGGAGCUCGUGGACGUGCGGCCAGCCCGGAGAGCGUCCGGAGUAGUCGAUCGCCGUCGCCACCCGCAUCGAGUAGUGGAAGAACGUCGCCAGCAAUGUCAACAAUCUCAUCGAUGUCUCGUCUGAAAGUGAGCUCAGCGAGUGUGACGAACAGCGGAAUGCGUAAACUCUCCUCAUCACCACAUUUACUCGGAAUUUGUGAGGAGACUGAAGACGGCAGUGAAGUGUUCCAAUCGACAUCGAGUCGACAUCUCCGCACCCUUGACGAUCGUGGCGGACGUGCGAAUCGAUCGGCGUCCACUGGUUUGGUGCAUUUGCCAAGUCGACAUCACUCAAUCCAUGCGACGAAAAGCUCCGCGGCCUCGUUGCUCACGACUCCAUUCGUGACGAAGCCACUGACGUCUUCUGGUGCUUCUGGAGUAUCAACGACAUCAUCUGGAGCAUUUGUUCAAUGCACACCGAACACUUAUAGCGCCGUCAGAUCCAUUCGGCCACGCCAAGCGAUAGUAUCCCCCGAUAUUCUGAGAAGAUACGAUCCGCAUCAGAGAUUUAUCGUCCGGUCGAAACGAAGCACGUCGUGCUCGUCUUCUGACGCGUCGGACGAUGAUGAUGGACGACGUCUGACGAUGUUGUCGACGACGAAAUGUAAAUUUGAUGAGAAGGGAAAGAAACGGGACGAGGAUGAUGAGGAUGGAGGCGAUGGAAUGGGGAGAAGGACGACUUCUGGAGCAGGAGCCAGUGGAAAUGGAGGAAGUAAUGGAGGGGGACGACAAGGGAACAGUCAGCAAGGUGUUGGAGGGCAGCAGAGUCAGGAGAAGAGAUCGACGGACGUUGCCUCCCUUCCACUCCGCCCGAUUCCCGAAAUGACACUUCUCGAUCAGACACUUCAAUCGCCUGAUGACAGUUCGGAAUCCAUUCGGAAUCGAAUUCUCUAUUCCUCUCUGAGCACUCAGACGAUGAUUCGGAAAUGGACUGAUAUGGAUUUGUGGUAUGGAACGCCGCCGAGGGAUUAUGAAGACCGCUCCUCAUGUCACCACGAAAAAUCGACGCCUUGGCUUCGUUGCCUCCGUCGAACCGCUUCUAGCCACGACCUCAUCCGAGAAUCCGACGAGAAGACGUCGUCAGAAAACGGAGACGUUCCAGAAUGUGCCACGUCAUCGUCGUCACCAAACGCGACGUCUUCUGAGUCUCCAGAAUCUUCCACGACGACCAUGUCGCAGACGUCGCCAUUGAAUAUUCAGAAUAUGUAUAAUAACGGAUCGAAAUUCUCAUUCUUGAAUACGUUGCCGAUGGAGAAAGUGGAUCGGUGGUUGCAGUGUGCUGAAUUUGUGUUUUAA